GACCCAUUUUUAAAACGACCACGACGACCACAUACUUUAUCAAACACUGUCUCGAUCUCAAAAUUUACGAGUGGUAUUUAAACUUUUGUAUGUUUUGUAAACUACGCAGUUGAGUAAAAUUAUUGAUUUAGUGUAUGAUUAAAUUAACACAUCGUAGCCCUCCUAAAAACUGUUUAUUCCUUGAUCAUGGCCGUAAAUCCGUAAGUUUAGACCGGAUUCCUCUGACUCUCGCUCCAUUUUACCGGUACUUGUUGUUGGAGAUGCAAACCUCGGUCUCCGACCCGGCUCUGCGGCCUGCGAGCCGCACCUCCAUUUCCUCUCAGCCACCAGUGGCCUCCAAGCCGGCGGCCGGCGCCGGCGGCCCCCCGGUGAGCUGCGCUGCCGCCGGCCGGGCCGUGCGCUCUCUGCGCCGGGCCGUGGAGCGCAGCGGCGCGCGGCGCGCAGAGCGCAGCUGGGCCGAGCGCAACUUCCCGCGUGUGCGCCGCGCCGGCGGCGGCGCCAGUCGGCUGGCGGCCUGCGCGGGCCUGCUGGCGAGCGAGGAGGAGCCGCGGCAGGCCGUCGACAGGGCGCUCGGCAGGGAGGUGGCGCCCGACCAGUUUGUGCUCGCCGUCAAAAGGACAACAGGCGGGCUCAGUUACACGCUGGGCAGUCUGCGCGGAGGCAGAGGUUUCUUCGUGCACCCGCCGUCGCCGUCCGACCGUCGUCCGCCGCUCGAAUUGCUGACCUCACGGCAGCAGGAGGUCGCCCGGCGCCGCCAGCGACAUCUACAGCAGCGGGUGGCCCAGGCACAGGCCCUGUGCCGCCGCCGCCGGCCGCCGGCCGCCGCCGCUGACCUGCAGACGGGAGAUGCGCCGCCGCCCCCGGCAGUGGUGUCCGACGCUGCCGCCAGGGCGGCGCCACCGGAGUUCGCCGAGGUGCCGCUGUGGGAGGAUCCCCAGGAGCUUCCCGAGAAGCGGCCGCGGAAACACCGGAAACACAAGGACAAGCACUCGGAGAGAGACCUGUGGCAGAGGAUCGCCGGCUUCCUGGGCGGGAAGGCGCCGGCGCCGGCCGGCCGGGCGCGCCUCGGCGCCGGGCACGAGCCGCUGCAGAGUCAUAGCGCGGAGCUCCACCCGUGUCCGGAGUCACUGAGCCUGCCGAGUCAGAGUCGGGCCGGCCGCAGAGUCAGCAGCGACGACUCGGAGUCGUCGGCCCGCGGCGCGGCGCAGAGGGGGCGCAGCCGACCCCCCGGCCACUGACUGCGACACGGUGCCGGCCCUGGCGGGGACCCGGUGCCGGUCUCUGGUCUGAGUACUGUACUCUGAACAGGGUACUGAGCUCUGUGACCGCGCCGGCGGACCGGUCAGUACAGGGGCCAGGUCAUGUGACCCUGUCAGUACAGGGACCGGACGGGCCGUGUGCCAGUGCCAGCGCCACCUAGUCGCCAGUGUAGGUAUGUACUUGGACUCCGCUGUGGUCAAUACACGUCUCGCACUGCCACGA